CGGAACGCUCGACCGCACAGUGACGUCACAAAGGGGAGCGGCCAAUGAGAACGCAGCCCCGCACCCGGAACUGGAAGCGCUGGGCACAGCCACGUGGCUGGCAGCGGCGGCGGGAGCACUCGGACUCGGACUCGGACGUAGAGCAGCAGCAGCAGCAGGAUGGUCCGCAAGCUCAAGUUCCACGAGCAGAAGCUGCUGAAGCGGCUGGACCUGGUGAGCUGGGAGGCGGCGGGCGGCGGCACGGCGGAGCUGCGCGUGCUGCGGCGCUACCGGCUCCCGCGCCGCGAGGACUACACGCGCUACAACCAGCUGAGCCGCGCCGUGCGCACCCUGGCGCGCCGCCUCCGCGACCUGGGCUCCGCGCCGGCCCACGCCGCCUUCCGCGCGCGCUGCACCGCGGCGCUGCUGGGCAAGCUGCAGGCGCUGGGGCUGGUGAGCUCGGCGCGCUCGCUGGAGCAGUGCGACCGGGUCACGGCCUCGUCCUUCUGCCGCCGCCGCCUGCCCUGCGUGCUGCUCCGCCUGCGCAUGGCGCCCAACCUGCGCGCCGCCGUCGCCUUCGUGGAGCAGGGCCACGUGCGCGUGGGGCCCGAAGCCGUCACCGACCCCGCCUUCCUCGUGCCCCGCGCGCUCGAGGACUUCAUCACCUGGGCGCCCGGCUCCCGCCUGCGCCGCCACCUGCUCGACUACAACCAGGAGCGCGACGACUUCGACGUGCCCGCCUAGGGCCGGAUGCGCCGCCAGGACGGGACCCCAGGCUCCGGGGGCAGCGGCUUAGAAACGCCCUCCUCCAGCGACGCCCUGCGUCCUGGCCAGCUGGCAAGGACUGGUGUCUGCGCCCUCCCCAGUCAGGCUGCACCUGCCGAUACAGCCUGCAGCUGCUGCCAGGGCAGGGCGUCCCCUUCUGCUGUCAUCAGCCUUCACGGACGGGCCUGUUCUCAGAAAUCCUUGGACCCGGUUGCAUUAACUGUCAUCCUCAGCAGUACCCAGACCCCCUCCCUCCGCCCUUUCUCCUAUUUAAUAAAAAGAAACAAAUUGCGUUUCAGGGAAAAGCCUUUUGGUUUCUUUAAAGGCGCAGUCGCACCUGCCUUCUCCAGCCCUGCUGCUGUUUUCCAGCUGAAGGAACUGAGUGGGGCGGCUUGCUGCCCUCGCCUACAUCGGGCAUCCCCCAGCUCCCCAGAGCGCAUCGUGGGGCCCCUGUCUCAGCAGGCCCCAUGGCACUCCCCACCGCACCGUGUCAGCAAGCUGGGGGAUACCCAGCAGGUCUGCUUCCAGGCUGCGUGUCGCCACCAGCUCUGCAUGUUUAUGGUCUACUCUCUACCACCCCAUCCCUGGGUCCCGUCCAGACACUGAGUAGCGGGACGUGUUCAGUGAGGACAAAGGUCCCUUGCGGACAGACGUUUUGCUGUGUUCCUGUGAGCCUCAGCUGGCGGCUCCUCCACUGAGCUGUCGCCACAGGUGUAUGUAUACCUGGCAUGUGUCACAGAUGUCCCGAACAUCUGCCUCUUCUGCAACCAGAGGGAGACCCUGACCUAUGUCUGCGUGGGAUGUGCCCAGCUGCAGCCCCUUUACCGCCUCCUUCAGAGCCUCCUACUACAGUUCUGGCCACGCUGCUCCCUGCACCUUUUUAUUUGCACGCUUCCCAUCUGCGGCCCCACCAAGUCCUGGGACCUCCUGAUCAACCUCCUCCUGGUCCUGGCUAAGCUCACAAUUUAUCUGACCACGAAGGAGGCUCUAGUGGGGAGGACCCGUGGGGGCUGGGGAGCUGCUUUCUUGUCCCUUGUCUGAUCACAUCUCCAAGCAGUUGCACUGGGCAGUGGGAGACUUGUAGGUUUUUUUUGGUGGACAUUGGCUCAUGAUCCCUUAAAGUAGCAAAUUGCCCUGUGUGGCUGGAGCAGUUUUGUUUUUUUUAGAUGAAUCCUGUUUGUGCAGUGUUAGUCGGAAUGUAUCUGUUAGUGUUAGGCGCGGUGUUUCCUGUUACUCUCCUGGGAGGAUGGGGACUGUUUACAGUAGUGCAGGCGGUUUUCUGAGCACUCUGUGUCUGUGGGACCGGUGUCUGCAGAGUUGGACGGUAACUUUUCCUGUGUGAGGUUUGAGGAUGAAUGCUGUGCGCUCUUGGGAAGCUUUGCCCUAAGGCGCUUACAUGACCACUGGCAACACCCAGGGCUUGGGAAUGACCCAGUUUCCAGAGGGGUAACUGAUACUUCAAAGCACUAAGGCCCAGAUCCUGCCUAAAUGCCAGUGGGGAUCCAGCCCUUCAACUGCUAUGCCCAAGGUCACAGAAGAAACAUCCUUAACUGCCACUGUCUCCUGCCUUCCUUGUGUGCAUUACAACAUGCAACAUGUUUCACACGCACACACGUUGCAGGUCUACAGAGAGCUGGCACCCCUGCGGUGGAACUGGAACUCCAGCUCCUUAAUUCAGGGUUGACUGGCAGCGGCGAACAUACCAACAGCUAAGGACCGUGGAGGACAAAUCCUUUUCAGUCCUCUGCCCGUCUUUAAAACUUGCUUUCUUUUUUUAGCUGGACUCAAAGAUGAAAAAUAGGGGGACUCUCAAGGAGUUAAAGCUGUUUUUAACUACUUUGCUCCCUCUGAUACUGUUUGUGACUAACAUCUUCAGACUUUCUGGAAAAGGCUGUUGGAAUCUCAUGCAGGAGGAAACACAUGCUGUGAGGCAAAGUUGUUUAUAGCAUUACAUUCCUGACACAAAACUGAGCGGAAAUACUCUCUCUGAUCCUUCAGUGAGCAAAAAGGGAGGGUAUUGCAAGCUCUUGAAGUUGGCAACCCUUACAAAGAAGUUUUGUAAAAUUUUCAGCAGCCUGGAGAUAGCUUGAUCUUUGUUCAAACCAGAAGAGGAAUGCAAGUCAUAAUCCUGAGAGAAUAAGAACUUCACACUUAACUACGUGGGUUAAUAUUGUUCAUUCCUAAAGGCAAUAGAAAUAUUAACAGAAAGCAAAGCUAUUCUAGCUAGGCCAGUGAAGUGCGACAUUUAUUUUUUAAUGCAAUAACUUAAAUCUGCCUUUGAAAUAGGACCAUUCUGCUACAAUCUCUUCUUGAUCUUCCUUGAAGCUGUUUUUAAUGUUUAUUAUGAAAUUGUAGACUUUUUUUUUUAAGACACACAAUUAGCUGGGGGUUUUUUUUUAAGAUUUUUUUUUUUUUUUAGGUUAUAUAUGAUUAGAUUAUAUGUUGUCUAAAUAAAAAACCCACUAUCUAAAAACCUCGUCCCUUAGCUAGUGGAAGUGUUAACCUUGUAGUAUUUUAUUCUGUUUUUGUAACUGUGUUUUCUUUUAUUGUAAGACCGCCUGAGCCUUUUGGAAGGGCAGUGUAUAAAUCUCACAGAUACAAAUAGAAAUGCCUUGGGAACAGUCUAAGCAGGGAGAGCACUGUUAUUUGAGUAUUUUUCAGUCACAGCCAAGACCAACCCAGCAGCACUGUGCUAACACGUGAAACCCAGAAAAUGAAAUCCAGCCGCAUAUUGUGACUAUCCAGAAUGUCAAUGAAACAAGCGUUUUUAAGACCCUCUCUCUAUUGUGACAAGCCAAGAGGUUAAAAGAAGGAAUUUUUAUUAAAAAAAAAAAAAAAAAAAAAAUCCUUGAAAUUUAAAAA